CGGGCGUAUAAUUGCUUUCUUCACUUGGCACCAGCGUGCGAGGGAAUACGCGCAGAAGUCAUUGCGGCUGUUCCGGCGGUGAUCAAUAUCAGUGCGACCGCAGAACGCUUCCGGUAAGGUCACAAAAGAUCACAAGAGAACGGAUUUUCUUUUGCGGCUAAAGUAAAGAGAAUGAUUGUGAGGUGAAAGACAGUGGAAUACGCAAACAACGAACCCGAAAGUGUUUGAACAGUGAUCGAUCCAUCUAUUUUUGCAAAAGAUUGGUUGUUGGAUGUGAUUAGUGGUGCAAUAAUGGCUCAAUUGCACACCUUUUAUGUGCUAGUGCUGGUAUUCCAUGCAUUGCUAGCCGAAGCGCAGCAGUUUACCGUCCAGGAGGAAGGAUGCCCGAAAGCAACCCGCCCACAUAUGACACGGUGCGAUCAGUACUAUCGUUGCACUGUGCUGUCAAAGGAUGCGCACGUAUGGGUAGCGACCCAGUGCCAGAAGGGUCUUGUCUAUCUGCACAAGCUUGGCACCUGUGUCGUACCGGAUAACGAUUGGGAGUGUGACCUAUCGGCGGAGAGUGAACGAAAUCACAGUGAUGAGAAUGUGUACGGAAUAGAUAAUCUUAACGUCCCUGGACUAGCGUCAAACUCUGCCAACUCUGGCAGUGAGGAACAAUCGGAGGAAACUCAGACAUCCAGAACAUCAAAAGAAGAUCGCACCAAAUCGAAUGGAUCGUUCCAGAUGGAUCAGAAUGAUCUUGAAUCAAGCGGUGAUGGAAGUGGAGAACGUGAUGAAAUUCAAACGAUCGCUCCACUCAUCACAACCACCACUGCCAGCACUAAAGUUCCAGGUCGUGUAACAACAUCAACAGAGAGGAUAUCUGGAAGCUUAAACGCUUCACAGCUCGAUUCAUUUCUAGCGUACUACGACACGCAGAACGCACUAAAGCUUAAUGCCAAACCGUCCCCACCGAAGAUGGAUGAGCAGAACUAUCUGAACCAACUGAAGCAGAUAGUGAGCCAGCAGAAGCAGCUCAACGAAAUGGCGCGAAUUCCAAGCAACGAGCUCUACUUUUCAAACCAACCGGCUAUUCCGGUGCAAGAGCUUAUUAAAAAGAAGGAACCCGAAACGGAGGACACUUUAUCGAAACUAAAUCUGUCCCCGGGAAUGCAGGAGAUCAUCAAGAGCAUUUUGGACAUCUCGCAAAAAGCGAUUGCGAAUCAAAAGCAAGCCCCAGCUGCUCCAGUAGCAACUCCACAAGCAAAAGAACCAAUCGUGAAGCCGAUACUGAUACCGAUCUCGGUUAACCCCGUCCCUGUACCGAAUGUGCCGCAAGCGCCAACAACUACAGAGCAACCGCUUAAAGCCAGCUUUCCGUCGAACUAUAAUCCAACCACGCUCGGGUCGAGUUCAUCUAAUUGGGAUCAUGGCGCAAUGCCACACAAUGCCCUAAGAACGAACGACACUAAUGAGCCACAAAUGUUUCACAGCUUCCCACCGCAGCAAGUACUUUACGAUGCCUACGGGAAUAGCUUCGUGCCAAAGGAUGCUUUCCAGCCGGUGCGGGCAAGCUAUCCAUCUCCAACCUACAACUCGUACCUUAAUCCAACGCCCCAGCAAUCAUCGAUGCUGAUAAAUGACUUUCCCGCGGGCUCAUAUUAUUCCACCAAUUCUCGACCCUCCUUAAGGAUUCCUCCUUCCCGGUUCAGUGAACCGCUGUCAUACCUGCAUCGUUUAAGGCCAUCGUUCCAGCGCAUCAAUUCACCAGUUAGCGAUUAUGAUGAUAGCGUCGAUGACGGGUACGAUCGGCUCAAGACACCCGGGUCAAUUGAAUCGAUUGAAGCUGACGGUAACGAUGAUUUGGAAAAGGAUCUCCCACUUCCCGCCAACCGGCAGACGGACGAGGUGCAGGAUGACAGCUCGCAGGAAGAUGACGACCACCCGACCAGUGCCGAUACGACGUACAAGCGCAAGCUGUUCACGCUCGGCGACGCGACGUUCGAUUACGAGCAGUACAAGGACAGCAUGCUGCCGCUGGUCGAUGCUAACCCGAACGAUGAGCGUAUCUCGGUCGUGCUGUGCAUGGUCGGCAGCCGGCAGCCGAACAAUACCGACUGCUUCCGCUAUUACAUCUGCAACCCGCACAACGGUGCGUUCCAAUCGUACACCUGUCCACCGUUGACGGCAUUUAACAAGAACUCUCGCAUGUGUGAUUUAAGCUCGUACAAACCGUGCCAGAAGGCGAUGGCACCGCCGGCCCUGCACCGGCCACUGCUGCGAACGCACAAGCCGGUGUCGGCAGCCGGCAGCCGGCAGCAGGUCGACCAGAUCAAGCACGAGCUGCGGAAGGCACAGAAGUACGUGGAAAUGAUACGGCUCGAGGCGAACAGGUUGCGGCGCCGGAAUGGUGCAUCGUCACCGUCGUCAUCUUCCGGGCAGAAAGUUAUCUUACUGCCCUCGCUGGCUGACCACCGUGGUCCGACGGCGCCCUCGAAAGGGCAGCUGCGAAAGGAGUCGCCGGUUAAAAAGAAAGCGUCCACGGCAAAGCAGCCGGCGCGCAAGGCACCACGCUGCCGGCUGGAGGGUCGUAUGCCGGACCCGAUGGACAAGAGCAACUACUACGUCUGCCACCGGAAGAGCCCGAACAAGUUCAUCAAGCUUAAGAUGGCUUGCCCGGCCGAUCUGCUGUACUGUGCCGAUACGCAGUACUGCACACUGCGCACCAACUGCUGAG